AUUUCACAAUGAAUUCGAGCGUCAUCUAUAUCCUUCAUUUUCAUUUAAUUUGUUCAUCAUUUCACCUUAUUUAAAAAUAACAUAAAUUAAGAAAUUGGGUCUCUUUCUUUCUCUCUUUAGACUGCAUUAAUUUUUUCGGGCUGUAUAAAGAUUGCGAUAACAUGCAUAGCAACUGUUGUGGAACAAAAGUAUGGUGACCUUAGCCCCUAAAAGAAAAGAGGUUCUAUUUAUCAAACUUUUUUUUUUUUUUAAUUUUUACAUAAAGUACUUUUGAAAUUACAUAUCUUUAUAUCAUUAUUAAUAAUAUAUAAAAUUAUUAAAAUAUAGAAAGCCCUUUGAAAAAAAAAAGCAAAUUAAAAUAAAAAAAAUAGGAGACUUUUAGGUGCUAUAUAUAUGAUGGUUCAUGCAAAGUAUAAUCCUCAACCAUAUGCAAAGAAACUCAUAAGAUAUAGCUAGCUAGAUAAUAUAAUGGCAAAGUUAUUUUUGUUAAUUUUUGGGGUGUUCAUCUUUAUUCACUCACAAGCUCAAACUUUCCCAACAAUAUUAGAAAAACUUAAUUCAGAAAAAAUUACUGUUUUCCAAAAGGGUAAUUUUCAAGUGACAAAUAAACCAAUUAAGGUGGAAAAAUAUGAAUUUUCUGCUCCAGAACCUUUGAUCAUUUUUUCACCUAAAGAAGUAGGAGUUUAUCCUGUUCUAUUGUUUAUCCAUGGCACCAUGCUUUCUAAUGAAGACUACUCUGAAUUCUUUAAACAUAUUGCUUCUCACGGCUUCAUCGUGGUUGCUCCUAAGUUGUUCCGGAUAUUCCCGCCUAAACUACCUAGUCAACAAGAUGAGAUAGAUAUGGCAGCAUCAGUGGCAAACUGGAUGCCUCUAUAUCUACAAGUGGUGUUACAAAAAUACGUUGCCGGAGUUGAAGGUGAUCUCGAAAAACUCGCAAUAUCCGGUCAUAGUAGAGGAGGAAAAUCGGCAUUUGCUCUUGCACUUGGUUUCUCCAAUAUCAAGCUAGAUGUUACAUUUUCAGCACUAAUUGGUGUAGACCCUGUUGCUGGUAGACGUGUAGAUGAUCGAACAUUGCCAUAUGUUCUAACCUACAAACCCAACUCGUUUAAUUUAUCGAUUCCAGUCACGGUAAUUGGCUCCGGAUUUGGUAACCACACCAUCUCAUGCGCUCCAAAUUACGUGAACCAUCAACAAUUUUAUGACGAGUGUAAGGAAAAUUCGUCGCAUUUUGUGAUUACAAAGUAUGGUCAUAUGGAAAUGUUAAAUGAGUUUAACUUAAGUCCUAUAGCCGUUUCUAUGUCAAUUAUGUGUGCACAAAGUUACGGUCCGAAAGCUACCAUGAGAAGAACACUAGGUGGAAUCAUGGUGGCUUUUCUUAACACCUAUUUUCGAGACGAUGGAGGGCAAUAUUACGCCAUUAUGGCUAAUACAUCCUUGGCUCCUACUAACCUCUUUGUUGAGAAAAAAGGCAACUUUGGGUUUGCACUAACUUAUGCUCAAGUUUAAUGCUUAAUUUACUCUUACAGUUUCAUGUGAUGUACGUGUAUGUACUACGUUACACCUUACACUACUCCUCGCUAGCCUUGUUUUAGCUAGUGAAUAAGUAAUUAGUAACAUUGUGAUUUGCUUAUUAAGAACAUCUUGCAUGUAUUAGGCCAGGUUGAUGACUAAAGGCCUUCAGGGUCAUCUUAUGUAACCAAUCGUGACUUUCAGCAUUAAAAAUAAUAAGAUCUAUGGUGUGAUGUUAGAAAAUCUUCCUUUUAUUUA